AUGGCUGAUGAUACUCAGGCCGAUGACCUUCUCAUUCUUGAUGAGAAAUCCGCACCCCGCGCGGCUAGUCGAGCGAGCACUAUCAGCGAGCCGCAGGACACCAUGGAUCUGGAUGACCCUGCUGCGACAACUCCAAAACCUCGGCGUAAAAAGACUGAUGAUGCCAAGAAGGUUACCGAACAUACGGAGGAUCAAGAAGAAGAUAGCCAGGAACAGCUAGUGGUGAACCUCCUCGAAAUGGUCGUAGGUGCUACUCCGGAUGACUUGGCCACUCAACAGGACGAGAUAACAAGCACCUUGCUUCGCCUCAAGGAACUUCAAGACAAGCAGCCACCCAAGGUCUCGUUCAACCCAUCCAUUGCCAAUAGCCGCCGUGAGCGCCUCGAGGGCACACUCAUCUAUCUCACCUCCGAGCUCUCGGCCAUACCAGCCUCUAACUGGGCAUCUUACAAGAAGAAGCUCAUCCGGUUCUGCGAGUCCGAGACCAUCAUCAACAUGGAAUUCCCACAGCGUCUCUUGAAGGUUAUGGACAUCGUCUAUCUGCCUGAGGAAUUGGAAGCAAUCCCAAGAGAAGAGUUUGGCAGAAUGCAAAGCGUGGCGAGGGUUUGUGCUACGGCUGCCCAGGCCAUGGGCCCAGACGGCGAGAAUACGGAUGGCCUGGCGGAGAAGUGGGUUAGUGCCAAGGUGCAAGAUCUUGAGUUCUUGAAGAAGAUGUUUGGCUCGAUGCGAAACACGUUCCGGGCCUCUGGGUUUGAGCACACGAGGAUGCCUUGGGAGACGCAGGAUUAA